ACCGGUUCUUCUCUCUCUCUCUCCCGUCCGUCGUCUCCGUUCAGCUCCAGCUCCUAGUAAGCUCUCUCUCUCGUAUCGCGAGUUUCUCGGAGACAGAUCCUUGCAAGCUUCCUUCUCUCGAUCCGUUCCCAGCUCAGUCCUAGUCGGUUUUGCCUUGGGUCAUCUGAAUACGUCGAUCUUUCCGUUUGUGCUAGCAGGAUCAUCUGCGAUCUGCUGAGCUAACUGAACAAUGCAGUUCUUCGGAGGCUCCGACAUCAGUCCUUCGCCGCCCGCUCCGACGGCGUCGGGGCACAAUGCGCAUAUGAUGUACAUGUUCAAUAGGAACGGAGUUUGUUUGUUCUACAGGGAGUGGAACCGCCCCCUCCGAACCCUAAAUCCGCAGCAGGAUCACAAGCUGAUGUUCGGUCUGCUUUUCUCUCUCAAAUCCUUGACUGCCAAGAUGGAUCCCACAAGUGCAGAGAAAGGAAAUCUUGGGGUGCCUCAGUUACCUGGCCAAGGUUGUUCAUUUCACAGCUUUCGUACUAACACAUACAAACUAAGUUUUAUGGAAAGUCCCUCCGGAAUAAAGAUAAUCUUGGUCACUCAUCCAAGGACAGGUGAUCUACGGGAAGCCUUGAAGUACAUCUACAACUUGUACGUUGAAUACGUCGCCAAGAACCCAGUCUAUGCUCCAGGAACCCCAAUCAAGUGUGAGCUAUUCAAUACAAAUCUUGACCAGUAUGUAAGAAGCAUUUCAUGAAGCCCAAGUCAGUGAAUGCCAAUUUUCUCUUGAGGAAACUCUGAAGAUCAAUCUUCAGGAAGCCCCUUGUGGUUGACGUCUCCAUGCAAUAUAUUUGGACGGUAUGCCUGCUGUCCUCUUUUUAUCAAGUUGAUGCCAAUUUCUGCCUGUGACAGUCGGCCAACUCUAUAAUUUUGUCUUAGUUGUUGUGGAUUACUGGUGGAAGAGAUGCCUCCCACCUUCUCUGUUCAUCAUAUUGGACUUGUAUUGGGUUGAUAAACAAACAUUCUGCUCUUGGAUUUAAAGGGAAAUCGACUAUCUAUUACGGCGUUUCAGCCAAAUGUCCUGGACCAUUUCUGUC